CUGUCCGCGGGUGGCAGAUCACUUUAGUUUGCUGUUUUUACACAGUUUGCAUCAAGAGUUUUUUCUCCAGAUAUCCGGCUCAGACAUCUGCUGUGAUCCACCAUUCAUCAUUAAAGCCCAUUGACACCAUGGAAAUAAUUCCGGCCAUUAGACUUUGUAACAUUAUAAUGAAGCCCACACAUAAACCAUGUUUAUCUACGUAGCAUCAAAUCUACAUUAAACAUUUGCACUUGUAUAUAUUUUUAUUGUAUUCUAUUGCUAUUUAUUUACACACACAUUACCUCAUAGUAUUUAAUUUUUUGCUGAAUUUUAAAUACAACUACUCUUAAGAAUGGAUUCGACUACAUUAGCAGCCUUUGCCACAGUCACAACCGUAGCACUGGCCACACAGUCUGACAUGUCAGCCUACCUAUGGCUGUUGAUAUUGGGCUUCAUCAUUGCGUUUGUCCUGGCGUUUUCUGUUGGAGCCAACGAUGUGGCCAACUCCUUUGGUACGGCAGUGGGCUCGGGUGUGGUCACUCUAAGACAGGCCUGUAUCCUGGCCACAAUCUUUGAGACUGUGGGCUCGGUGCUGCUGGGGGCCAAAGUCAGUGAGACCAUUCGAAAGGGCAUAAUAGAUGUUCAAAUGUACAAUGGCUCCGAACAUGUGUUGAUGGCAGGAUCUAUAAGUGCUAUGUUUGGCUCAGCUGUGUGGCAGCUGACUGCAUCUUUCCUGAAGCUCCCCAUCUCUGGAACACACUGCAUUGUUGGAGCCACAAUUGGCUUCUCCAUGGUGGCCAGAGGUCACCAAGGGGUCAAAUGGAUGGAGCUGCUCCGAAUAGUGGCAUCUUGGUUCCUGUCACCUGUGCUUUCAGGCAUUAUGUCAGCCAUACUCUUCUAUUUUGUUCGUAAAUUCAUUUUGAAUAAAGAGGAUCCUGUUCCCAAUGGCCUCAGAGCCCUUCCUAUCUUCUAUGCGAUCACUAUGGGCGUUAACCUCUUCUCCAUCAUGUUUACAGGCGCACCACUGCUGGGUUUUGACAGAGUGCCAUGGUGGGGGACCCCUUGUAUUUCACUGGGCUGUGCCAUUAUUACAGCUCUCAUAGUUUGGUUUGUGGUGUGUCCACGGCUCAAGAAGAAAAUAAGGCGUGAAACAGCAGCUGCUCCCUGUGAGACUCCACUGAUGGAGAAUAAUUCCAGUAAACCAGUGGAAGCUGAACAUCUGUCAGUUUCCACACCUCCCUCCAAAACACCACCAGCCCAGAGCGAGAAAGUAGCAUUCAAAUUAGGAGGCUCUGAAGAGACAGAUUUGGACCAUACUGACAUGGAGACCAAGGAUUCAGAUAUCAGCAAUGGGCUGAAUGGCUCCCUUGGUGCCAUGACGCUCACUGACCCUCACAGCGGUCGCUCUCACACCAUCCACAAAGACUCUGGCCUGUACAAAGACCUGCUGCACAAACUACACAAGGCCAAAGUCGGAGAGUGCAUUGGGGAUAGUGACACAGAGGAGAGGCCUAUCCGCAGAAACAACAGCUACACCUCCUACACUAUGGCUCUUUACGGCAUUCAGGAUGAUGCCAAGUACAAGGACGUAGUGGACGGGAAUUUUCUGAGGAGAUCCAGGGUGGACAGUUAUAGUAGCUACACCUCGUCAGUGACCACAGGCAGUGUUGCUCCAGAUGUGGCUGUGGACACAGAGAAAGAACCUACAGAGGAGGCGGACGAGCUGGAGAUAGACCAACCCGCUGUUUCACUCCUUUUCCAGUUUCUACAAGUGCUAACGGCUUGCUUUGGGUCCUUUGCCCAUGGAGGGAAUGAUGUUAGCAAUGCAAUCGGACCACUGGUUGCCCUGUGGCUUCUCUAUGAGAGUGGUUCAGUGGUGUCUAAUAGUCCCACUCCCAUCUGGCUGCUUUUAUAUGGAGCAGUGGGAAUCUGCACUGGACUUUGGGUUUGGGGGCGACGAGUGAUACAGACUUUGGGAAAGGACCUGACCCCAAUUACACCUUCAAGUGGUUUCAGUAUUGAACUAGCUUCGGCUUUAACUGUUGUUUUGGCAUCAAAUAUUGGACUUCCUGUAAGCACAACCCAUUGCAAGGUGGGAUCAGUGGUGGCAGUGGGAUGGCUGCGCUCCAGAAAGUCAGUGGACUGGCAUCUUUUCAGGAAUAUUUUUAUUGCUUGGUUUGUUACUGUUCCCAUUUCUGGACUUAUCAGUGCCGCCAUCAUGGCCCUUUUCAUAUACAUUAUUCUGUGAAAAAUUGUCACUGUAAUUUAAAUGACUCAUUUACUCAAGUCAUAAAAUACUGAUUUUUUAAAAAUCUUGUGUAUGGAACUUUAUUUUAGUUUUCACAUCAUAAAACAAUUUGCCAUUUAAAGUAUUAUAUUUGAUAAUUUGUAAUGAUUCUGUACAAAUUUUUUAAUGAAAAGAUAAAAUGGUUAUUUUAUGAUUCUGCUGUAUUUUUAUUUUAACGUAUUUUAUAUUUUACACUUUUCACUCUAAG